GUAAGAACAUCCAUUAACAUGCCGACAUUGAAGUUUAUCUUUUUUGAAAAUAAAGAGAAUAAGAGCGACUGUUCUACUUAAAGUUUGCACGGACAGCAGCCAAAUGAUAUUUUGAUUCGUUGCAACAGGUUAAGCCUAACAUCGCUCACCUUGACGCUUUGUCCAUGAUCCACGAUCUGCCGUCACUGUUUUCAUGAAAGAAAUCAACCCAAUUUUACCUUGGUCGUCGUUAAAUUUUACAACGGACUAAGGAACGUACAUCAUCGUGAACGUUUGAAUCUUGUAAAUACAUGCGUACCCCAGCUGAGAUUCUUGUAUCUGUGUUGCUUGCUCUGGUUCGAUUCGUCGGUACUUCGCAUAGAAUUCACUGAACAGUUUCGUUGUUUACAAAUACCUUUGAGCUGUUCCAUCCAAAAACAUUAACAGAACUUCCACCUCGAAACAGAACUAGAUGCUAACAACUUACAAUGUAUGAAUGUUUGCGCCUUUCAUUCAACGGUCGCAAAUGUUUGUCUAGCGAUGUAAUGCGAUCUCAUGCAAAAGUGCCGACCAAUUAGAUUACAGCCUGGAAUGUCUCCAGGGAAUUAGCGAUAACAUUCCCUCACUCGCCAGUCACGGAAUAAAAUUUAUUGAAAUCUUUAUUCCAAAAGCAUAGAAUUUGGAGGUUUAUUCAAUAAGUGAUCUUCCCUGCGCACAAGCUUACUCACAUUUCUUAGAGGUACAGUCAAAGUUUUCUCGUUAUGAAAGCGGUAAUCUGUGGCAAAAGGCUUUUCUGGCGAUUCAUGUUAUGAGCGCUCAAGAACGUUUUGCUAUCAGAUCGAGCGCGGCUGAAUUGUAGCGUUACUGCAGCUAUUGAAAGUCGGCAACUGCGCUGCAAAACUGCUGCCGAGAGCUUCAAAGGCUGCACCAGCGCUUUUGCAGCCCACUGCAACUUGAAUUAAGCUGUUGUUUGGCUUCUAAAAUGCUGCUAAACAGCUGCAAUUUAGCUGUACAGCUAUUUUGAAGAGAUUUUGAAGCGAUUUUGUGGCGCCGUACAGCGCUGCAAGUUUCGUACGGGUUUGCUCUCCAGGGUUUUAAUUUUGAAGAUCUUUAAGUCCUUAUUUGGUAUCUGCAGCGUUGUGCAGCGAUAAUGCAGCCUCAAGCGUCGCUUGUAUUGAGGUUGUCAUAUGGAGUGGUUUCAAUGUUUAUAUCUAAGUCUCAUUGCAGCUUUUAAGCAGCGGCCUGCAGCGCUGCUUUACCGCUGCUUUACCGUGGCAAAAUUUUGCAGCGCUUUCGCAGUGCACGAAAUGUGACGUUCUCUGCUUUAGCGACUCGCAAGCACUGCUUUACAGACGCUUAAGCGCUUUGCAACCAUAAAAGUGAACUGCUGCAGCGCUGCCGCAGCGUUGCGUCGUUCGUACGGGACGCACCACUCCAAGAGGCCAUUUUACAGUUAUGGAUGAAAUUGAGGCUGAGGGUGACCUUGUUUUGAUACAAACCUUCUUGCUUUACUAUGGAAAUCAAGUUAUUCUUAUGCUAAACACACUGUAACAUUUUUCAAUGACAAUUUCCAUAAUAAAGCAAAGGAGGUUUGUAUCAAAACAAGGUCCCUGUCAGCCUCACAAUCAUUUGAAGGCUAGGGUACUGAGUCAACAACUGUAAAAUAGUCUAUUCAGGUUAUCUGAUAGGUGAAGGGGUCAGUCUCACCGAUCGCUGUAUGCACCAGCUCCAAUCUUUUUCUCGUAAAUGAAGGGGUUACUUUUGCUGAUCACUUUACACAACAGCUCCAUGUCAGAUCAUCCAAUAGAUGAAGGGGCUGGUUUUGCUGAUCACUGCACACAUCAACUCCAUGUCAGAUCAUCUGAUAAAUGUCACGGAUCACUGCAUGCAGCAGCUCCAAGCCAGAUCUUAUGAUAGUCUAUCAUAAUUAUAUGUAGAUGAAGGGGUUAGUUUCUCCAACUCCAAUUAGGAUCAUUUGUACAUGAAUAUGAAGUCAGGUCAGUUUACAGGAUCAUGUCAGUUACUCUACAAGAUCAUGUCAGUUACCCUACCUAUUUAUCCUAUCUAUCUGACCGAAAGCGACAAGUGUUUAUUGAUGGAGUUCAAUCUGAUUUCUGUAAUGUAACAUGUGAUAUUCCACAGGGGUCUAUUUUAGGCCCUCUCUUGUUUACUAUUUAUAUUAAUGAUCUCCCUUCAUGUAAUUUGUUUUCAAAACCCAGAAUGUAUGCAGAUGAUACUACCCUUACCACAUCUGCAGAAGACCCAUGUGUCCUUGAACAUAAAAUGAAUUAUGAUAUAUGAAUUUAAUUCAGUCAUGGCUGUCAGCAAACAAAUUAACUUUAAAUGUUAAGAAGACUAAAUACAUGCUUAUAGGGAGCCAAUUUAAGUUAUCCCAAAUAAAUAUUGACUUCAGAGUCAAAGUCAAUAAUACAUUCUUAGAAAGAGUAAUUAAACAUAAAUCCCUUGGAGUUCAAAUUGAUGAAUGUUUGAACUGGCGCCCACACAUUAAUACCAUUUCAAAGAAAAUAUUCCCUAGUAUUGCUAUCUUAAAGUGUGUAAGUCAUUUUAUACCAUUUGAUACUAGAGUGAAUAUGUACAAUGCACUGGUAAUGCCAUAUUUUAAUUACCGCAGUGCUGUAUGGGGUAAUAUCAACAAGGGACUAGCAGACAAACUUCAAAAGCUGCAGAAUAGGGCUGCUAGCUCACCUUUUCUAACUAUGACGUUCGCUCAAGUGUUUUGUUGGAUGAGCUUGGCUGGGAAAGGCUAGAAUAUGUAAGACUUAAACAGUUGGCUGUGACAACGUAUAAAAUCCAUAAUAAUCUUUCCCCGUCGUAUCUGAGGCAGAUCUUUACCAACACCUCAAAUGUACAUUCACACAAUCUUAGAUAUUCUCAGUUAAAUUAUUAUGUCCCCAGACUCAGAACUGAGUCUGCAAAAGGGAGCCUACACUACAGAGGAUCUGUUCUGUGGAACAAGAUUCCCUCAGAGAUUAGAAAACUGCCUAGUUUAAAUGUUUUUAAAACUUCAAUUCAUGGGAAAGAUUAUUUUAAUACACCAUGACCCAUUGUAACUCUUAUUAUUAAUAAUGUAAGUUUUGGUAAUUUUAACAUAUAGUCAAUAGUUCCUUAGAGUAUUUUAGUCUAGUUUUAAACAUGGUUCCUAGGAAGACCAUGUAAAAUGAUACAAUUUUGUGUAUAAAUAAAGAUUGAUGAUGAUGAUGAUGACUCUGAACUUUAAAAUAAAAAAACAAACAAACAAACAAACAAACUUGUUCUGGGACCUAGCUGUGUACCAGGAUUUGGGUUUGUGCCACAGUUGUCCAGUGUUGAAAUAGCAAUUGUUCAGUUUGCCUAUUAUGUUGAAAGAAAAUUGUUUGGAAUGCACCUCUGGCAUUAUUCAUUGAGUCUGUUAGGAACCCAGAUCAAGGACCUCAGCCCUACUUUGCAAAAUAAUGUUACUAACCAAGAUUAAAGGCAGUACUUGUAUGUCUGUGACACAUUUUAUGUAGAAUGUGACUUGCAGUCAGUUGUAUAAUACUGUUAGUGUCUGAUUGAAGACAUCUGUUUUGUUUCUUGAUUAGUAAAUUCACUCGCUUUGCCCCAGAUGUCACUCCAGGAUCCAGUGGUUCUGCACAGGAAUCCUGGGCAUCAUCCAGGUCCAGCCAGUGUGAGGUAAGCUACACUGUACACUCAUACAGUAUGUGACAUAUGAUUUGCAGCACUGUAAGUAGUGUUCCACUGUAUAAUAUAAGGUUUAGAAUUUAUUGCAUAACAACCACAGAAGUAACAGAGCUUUUAAUUGCUUGUGUGCAAUGUGCAUGUACAUGUACCUCAGUGACUCUUGGAAGAUUUUAAUCUCAUCUGAGGCACACAACUCUGAAACAAAAAUAGCUGAAUUUCAAGUAUUAAAGAAACACAAAUAUUACCUUGAGGAAAGUAGAAAACUUUAAUGCUGUUACACUACAUGUAGCUGUACUACAUUUGAGUGUUAAGACCUGGGAGUAUUUACAUGCAUGCUACAAAAUCAUCCUAUCUGACUCAAAAGUCAGAACUUCAUUAUGAGAUGUCAACUUGUGUGAUGUGGUAAAAUCCUUUCUCACGCUUGGUGAACAAUUAAGCUGCUUGCAAAGAAAGUAGUAUCCAAUAGACCGGGGACUAGUGGAUUUUGCUAAUGGAGUAGAGAAUUCUGUUCGUAACUUGCCCUAAUAUUGGGCAAGUGAAUUUUUUGGGACUGAUUAAAAUUACAGAAGAGUUGUAAUCAGUCUUGCUCAUCAAAAUGUUUUGGUCUAAGUGAAAUGAGUUUUAGGCUAGUAUGUGUGAGCGACAACUUGCCCCAAUGUCACCUCUACAUGUGAAAAUUACAAACCUUUUGCUGGUCAUGCAAAAACAUUGCUUACGAAUGCACAGCAUGCAAGUUUACACACAGCAAGCAAACAGAUGAGAAAUGGAUAGCCAAGCCGUUCGAAAUGGAACGGCCAAAUGGAUGAAGAGGUGACAAAAAUUUUUCAAUGGAUGAAUGGCUGACGGAAAUUUUUGAACGGAUGUAGUCAAAUGGAUGAGCGGCUGAAAAAAAUUUUUGAAUGGAGGAAAUCGAACAGAUGAACAGCUGAAGAAAAAUAAUAGCAAGCUGUACAACUGGCUUUACCCUGUUAAGGGGUUGCUUGUUUUGGGUUAAUUUAAAAAAAUCCUGUUGACAUUAUUAAAUGUUCUAUUCUGCAGGCUUGCAAAUCUUUGGAUCACACACAUGCAGGAUUCAUCAGUAUUGAUCAUGAAGCUCAUGUCAGUUACUAUAGCAACAGGUCACCAGAGCAACCUGAGUUAUACAGUGUUGUAAGACAGGCUUGUGUCAGAAGGUACAAGAAUUACAUGUACAUGGACGCUUGUAGCUAUUGUACUUUUUUACAGGGUUUAUGUUGACAUAUUAUUAUGAAUUAAUGAAACUGACUUAACGUUUUAAGCUAAACAAAUAUUUGAAAACCAAUUAACUUGUAUUUGUGUGCUUUGUUAAAACCAUUUUAAGGGGCUUUUUUCCAUGAGCAGCUAUAAGACCAUUUUUAUGGAAGUUGUUUCAAUAACAAAAAAGAUCAUUAGGCUAAUUGAAUUUUCUCUCUACCUUGCAAUUACAGUUGGUUUCCACUAGAAUAUUCACUUUAAGUUAGUAAAAUUUACAAUUAUAUAGUUCCUUACUCGUUUGAUGUCAAGUUCUACGCAACCCAUGACUAAUCUUUGAAACAUUAGUCUCUUGUGUUUAGUGAUAAACUCAGUCAAAAAUAAAGUUCCAUGGUUGUAAGGAAAAGUGCCUCACAUGUUUCAAUUUUAAUUUAUCAAGUUAAAGUGAUUGAUAUUAAUAUCUUUUGCAGUUUGAGCUGUGAGGUGUGUCCCGGUCGGGAGGGUCCAAUGUUUUUUGGUGAAGAGUCAUCAGGUUACGUGUUCACUCACACAUUCUUCUUGAAAGACACUCAGUCCAGAGGAUUCCAAAGAUGGUAACCAUUAUAAUAUAUAGGUGUAAUUAGCCAGGGCUAAAAGCAAAGCUCUCGAUAAUAUUUAUAGUUUGCUCUAACAAAACAUGAUAUCGUGUAAUGCCACAUGUAAGUGGCGAAGGCAACAAGAAUGGCGCAAAAACAACAAUUUGUUGUAAUUAGUAAAAAAACAAAUUUGCACGUGCUGCACACUAUUUUUUGUACAUUUCUUUGCUGUUGUUUUGCAUGACUACAACAUAAAACUUCCAGAAACUUCCUAGUUACACAUUUUUUUGAGGAAAUGUAGUACUACUAGCCUGCGUGCAGACGAUAACUAAACUCUGAUUAGUACUGUCUGCGAAGCAGCGCAGAGAUCCUUGUUCUGGACCCCCAACGGACUCAACAAAUUACCGGAAGCGGUUUCGAAUUCCCCUUCAACCUGAUUGGCGAUCUUGACAAACAAAACAAAGGCCUUUUUUAACUGGCCAAUCGUGGCGCGUACUCAAAUCUGGGUACACAGCUGGAAGUCCAGAACAAGGAUUUCGGCGCUGUUUCGCAGACGGAGUUAACCAGAGUUUAAUUUCGUCUGCGCGCAGGCUAUAGUACUACUUGUUCACUUUUUUUUACUGCCACUCAUUUUCACCUGGUGGCCGCUAGCAUUUCUCAUUUUCUCACCUUCGCUACAAAAUUUUCAUGUUGUUCUUCUAACCAAAAAGACUGUUGUUUUUUAUCUUUUGCUGUAGCUCUCCGUCGCUCUUUUUCACAUUGAGCUUUGCUGGCCUGUCGCCUACUUUCUCUUUUUUUUGUCUUUGUCUUUCUCUAUAUAUUUCCAAUUUUGUGGACAUGACAAUUAAUCUAUUAAGCUUAAUACUUUAGACAACACUGAUACAGAAACAAUUUCCAUUUUCCAUUUUCGUCAUUAUUGACUCUUUACAUGUGGUUGUCUCUGCUUCACAAUACACGGGUGGCUAGUAUGGGAUUUCCCGCCAAAAUAUCCUUGAGUUGCAUUUGGGUUGACAUACCUGUUGACUGAUCUGAGUUACUUUAUGUUUGUAUGCCUGUGGUGCAGAUGGACUUUUGCUUGAUUGGGUACAGGUGUAUGGUCACGCGAUUACCAAAUUUUCUAGGAUGGAUAGAUUUUCUUAGCUAUGGGGCUCCGCUCGCCUGCGCGUGGAGCUCUGCUUUAAAUGUAUCCUCAGAGAUUUCACCAUCCAGUGAUGCAUAAAAAGCCACAGACACUUAAAUAAUCAAUAGCUUGGGUUCUGUAUGAUGAAAAGAUCAAAGCUAGGAGCCUCAUGAAGAUCAAUAAGAAAAUAACCUGUCUGUGGCUUUAAAUCUUAAGUGAAACCCGCCUAAUAUACGGCAACUAAAGGGAGCAAUUCUAUUUGCUAUGAAUGGUACAUUAAGCAAUUACUGAACAAAAGUAUUUCCUUGGUAAUUACUACGGUAUAAAAAUCAUUGGCUGGUACAACUGUAGGUCUCAGCUGUCAAAAAACUCUUCUGCAGUGGUCUUAGUUGGUACUGUUGGAAACUAUUUGAUUUUUUUUCAGCAUUAUUUUUACAAAAUAAAUUUUUUUUUGGAAUUUUUACUUUGGCCUUUUUUGGGAGUUGACACUACGUAGGUUAAUGGUUGUAACUAAAAAAAAAACUAAUAGUGUCCUAUAUAAAGCAAAAAAGUGAUCAAAUACCAGUUCAACUGUACAUGUAAACUGCUGCCAGAGCAUGCACUCUCGCCUUGGUGUAGAACAAUGCCAUGAUAUGCCAAUGAUCAUUGAUUUUGUACUACUGUUACCAGAAUCCUUCAGGGUUUUAUAAUGUUUAGAUGAGUUAAGAUUUCCUGGUCUUUCAAAGGUGAUAGUAAAGUUUACAGGCUCAGUGCCAUAAUGCUGUGACAUCCAUAAAUAUAUUCUUUUUCAUCUCUCUAGGUAUAGCAUUAUUGCUGUCAUGAAAGAUCGUAUAUAUUUGGUGAACUCCUGGCCAUUUUUAGUAAGGUAGAAUGUAUGUCUCCAUUCAUUUAUGAAAUAUUUGCAAAGUUCUACACAAAAAUGCAUUAAUUUUAAUACAGGUCACUAGAAAAAAGGAAUUUAGCCUCCUUUAAAAAAAAAUUCCCUUUGUUUACAACACAACAUAGGGCUAUGUAUAAAGCAUUUAAGAUUGUGUUUUGUUUAUUUGCCUUUUUUAACAAUAUUUAAUUCCUUGUGAUAAUAAUUUACAUGUUUAUUAUAGCUUUAUUGUAUUUUUUUUCCAGCAAUUUUAGAGAACUGAUAGAUGAACUUCAAGCCAAGGUACAAUGACUUUUACAACAAGCUCCAUGGCCAUUGUUAUCACCAUUUUUUUUUUUUUUUUUUUGCAGUCAUUUCUACUUAUAACCCAAAAAAUGUUUUUUUUUUUUUUGUGUUUUUUUUUGUUUCGUAGAUGUUUUUUGUUUGUUUUAAUAAAGUCAAAAGGUACAAUGGCCUCUGCAGCCACUAAAAUAACCAUAUGAAUUAAUUUUUUAUUCUCAUCAUUAGAGUCCUUUCUUAGUUCCCAUCCCCCAUAAUAUGUUCCGCAUUCCCUACUCUGUUGGAUUCCAACAGAUAUGUCCCCCUCCCCCUCCCUGCCUUUUCUUUUACUGUAUAUUUUGUUACCUAAUGGUAUUUUAGUUAUGCAUCAUUUUGCCCUCGUCAAUUCAUUUGUUCCUUCUUCUGUGUUUGGUUUUUAUAGGCAAAUGCUGUUUAUGAUAUUGAACUUGCAGAGAGUGUUCAAAAAGGCCAGCAUAUUCAACCCAGUGCUAAUGGUGCUUUCCCUCUUGGUAAGAUUGAUUGCCUAGAUAUUGCGAUGACAGCUUGUUUUAGGCUAAAACUGUUGAUUGCUAGUCUCUUACUCUACAUAGUCACAUAUAUGUACAUGUACACGUAGGUCUUUUGACUCCUGUCUUUUACUCCCAAUUUAAUGUUACCUAAUACCCUGGAUCAUUAUACUGAUCUGUCCAAAAAGCUUUUUCUCACAGCUCUUCUGCUCACAGCUCCAGCUGAGAAUCUGUCAGCCUUUGGCUGACACUGAGAAGCAUCCCGCCAUUAGAGCAGAGUUUAGAGUAGGGUGGUUUAUUUAUACAUGUAACACCUAAGAGCUUAGUACAAUAAAACUCCUUUGAACUUGCAUGUGACAUACAAGACUACAGUAAAAACGUAAUGUAAAAACUAAUGAUAUCGACUUUAAUGACAAAAUCUAAUGUUAUUUUGUUACAUAAAAGUAAAUAUAUCAUCUUAUAAAAAACUAACUAUUAAAAAGAGCAAAAAUUUAACAUGAACUGAUUCAGAAAAAGGUCACAAACUGUGAUUGCAAAGAAUACACAAGAACAAAAAUACCUCUGGUACUGAUCAGCCUAGUUACCUACAUUGUAUGGGUGAUGGUAAAUAUUGAUCUAAGUGAUGAAGUUGGACAGUUCAAACCUUUAUCCAGGCACAGAAAUCAUUUUGCAUAACUUUUUAAUCUGAUAAUUGUGUUUUUAAACCAUACAUGUAGAUACCUUCAGAAGACAACGUGGUGGAAAUAAAACAUACAGGGGUAUUGCUGACCUACUCAGAGAUAAGGUAUUUACAAUACAAAUGUGAUUUAUAUUUAAUGAUAAUUGAAACUCUUACAUAGGGAGUCAAAGGAAUUGACUGAUGAAUAUUCAGGGUUUAUAUUAUUGUGGAUUACUUUCUCAAAGAUGUCACCAAUGUGUUCAAACCAUUUUCUGCUGCAGGAUCUCUUUGCGACCCUACACCAAAGAUUUUCUUGGAUGUUGAAAGCCUGUGGCAACAGAAUUACAGAAAAACUCUUAGAAGGCCCACCAAAGGUAACAAUCUUAUAAUCAUGUGAUUAAUUGUCAUAGUGUGCAUACACUGUAGUUGUACACAGUACAUGUACAUGUACAUGUAGUUACUAUUAUAUACAGUUCUGUAAUUUGUGCAAAAGGCGAAUACAUGACGGUAAGCACUGAUAAAUGUGCAUCAGUAAUAUUAUAGAUUGAUAGAUUUCUCUGAAAUUUCUUUGGCACGCUCAUUACAUAAAUAAAAGCUGAUACUAGAAAUUCAGUCAAAAAUAUCAGCAGAAUUUUUGACUACAUGUUGAUGCAAUUUUCUUCGAAACAUAGGGUACAUCUGUACUAAGGGCUAAUUCACUUAAAAAAUAUUUACUACCAGUAAAAUUAGAUUACUUCCCAUUAAUAGUUAAUUAUACAUAUGGCUGUAGUUCAUCUCAAAGUUUUGUGGCCAUCCUGUUAAAACCAAAAAACAAACGAUUUCCACCGUUACAAUCUCUCACCGUAUCCUUCUAUCUUAGAACUAUAGUUCAGUGGAACUCCCUGCCUACAGAUGUCUUUACUUUUCUGAUUAGCUCUGCUAAAGCUUGUUUCAAAGCACUUUUUCUGUUCCGGUUAUUCAGUGUAGGCACCCUCUGAUAUAAGCCUCUCCAUUUGUUUAUAAGCCCUUCCAAAAACUCUUCAUUCUUAGGAACAUGAAUAAGCCCAGGACUUAUAAGUGGUAGUGUGUAAUUACAUCACUGUACGGCAUUAACCAGACCUAACCCAUCAAACCUUUCAAAAACGUUUUAUACCAACUGAGAACACAAUUUUCAGGUACAGGGUAGCAAACUAUGUUAAAAAAUGUGAUAAGUAAAACAAAUUCUUUGCCCAUCAGGAAGAACCUUUGACGGACCUUGAGGUACAACAUGACGAUGACGAGCCCCAAGGUAAAUACGCAUACUUCAAUAACUGUAUGCAGUUGUUAUUUAGCCAGAAUUAUACUGAUUUUUCAUAGUCAGUAGUGAAAAAAGGCUUAAUUCAAUGCAGUUGUUUUUUUUUUCCUUCCUUUUUACAGAAAGUUCUGACACGGCAAUGUUAGCUGAUACGGAAGAAGGUACAAAAGAUUUUGCACAUUUGUACUUGCUUGAUAUAUACAUGACUGUAUGUUGAAAACGAAGAUGGAAAGUACGUGUUAUGGUACAACUUUAUUGUUUGUCCAUGUCAUGUUUUCCUUGUUUUUUUCACAUGGAAUUGUAUCAUGCUGGGUAUGAAACAAACAAAAAUAAAAUUUGAAGUAACGAUAAAAUUGAACCACAUAAUACAAUGUUACACGUGGAGGUUUACAUGUGCAGGUGAGAGAUGAAUUUCACUGAAAGAUUUCGGUACAACUGUUUGCUUCCAGUUGAAACUUGAAAUAAAAUAAACACCUUUGCCUUCAAAAAAUUAAUGUUCCAGUACAAUGCAUGCCAUUUUAUUAUUAUUAUUAUUAUUAUUAUUAUUAUUAAUGCUGUUGUUUUUAUUGUUAUUAUUAAUCUGUUUUUAGGUGGCACAAGUGGACCUGUUUUUAGAUCCCUUAGGCACAUUUUGAAGGUGAGUUCUGUGACACUACACCGAGUUAUUUUGUCCUCGUUCAGACUGAUUCAGUUGUUUUAAUUGGAGCUGACAGCAUGAUUUAACCUUCCUUGUCUUGUUACUGUGCAGGUAUUGGGCAGUCAUAAAUUUCACUUGCUAGCAUUCCAUGUCAUUCAAGGAAACCAAGUCAUCGUGCGAGGUGAAAACAGGAAAACUGUGGAGUCAAUCCUUAACUGUCUGAAGGUAGCUUGCUUUUGACCAGUGUUAACGCUAUUUCCACUUAAGGCCUUAAAAGUUUAUAAACCCAAUGAACGAACGCGAAGGACCUUGCAGGUGCCCAUGCGGUUGUUGAAAGAAUAGUUAACACUAACCCAGGGCUUCUUUUUAGAGCUUCCAAUCAUCAUAUUGCAGACAAAAAGAAUUACCCUUAAUUGCUUUUCAACCUUUCAUAUCGGAAUUCAAUCUUCGCACUAACCCUUACUUAUCCUAACACAGUUUUGAACAACCUAUCCCAGAACUGAUAUAAUUUGCAAUUCCAUUGCUUUGCGAUAAAUGUGAUAUCUGCAACUUGUGGAAGUAAAGGACUAGUUUGACUCAGUGUUCAUGUAAUUUGAUAUAGAAAAUGUCUUCAAAGCAAUUUUAUCCAUUCAGGUCAGGAUAAUUCAAUCUAGUCAAAUACUGAGCAUACAUACUAAGCAUGCAGGAAUGCAACGUUGAAUUGGUACACACCAUUUGUGAUAGCGACUAAAAUUUUUGUAAUAAUCAGUUAAUAAUAGAAUUAUCUUUAGGGGGUACGCUUAAAUUGCCUUGAUUUACAGAUUAAUUUUAUCCCCACCCUGUACCCGUGGGUAAACCCUUGUUGUACUCUACUUAUUAAACUGAUACUGGACUGAGCUGGUCAGUUUCCCACUCAGUGACAGACAGUUAACUGACUUAUUUUUCACCAGUAAUCAUCAUCAUCAUCAUCAUCAUCAUCAUCAUCAUCAUCAUCAUCGUCAUCGUCAUCGUCAUCAUCAUCAUCAUCAUCAUCAUCAUCGUCAUCAUCAUCAUCAUCAUCAUCAUCAUCAUUACAUCAUCAUCAUCAUCGUCAUCAUCGUCAUCAUCAUCAUCAUCAUCAUCAUCGUCAUCGUCAUCAUCAUCAUCAUCAUCAUCAUCAUCAUUACAUCAUCAUCAUCAUCAUCAUCAUCAUCAUCAUUACAUCAUCAUUACAUCAUCAUCAUCAUCAUCAUCAACGUCAUCAUCAUCAUCAUCAUCAUUACAUCAUCAUCAUCAUCAUCAUCAAGUCUCAUCGCCCCAGUAGGUGCAUAAGGCCUCAUCAGUAAUACUCUCUAUAUAUUUCUACCCUUAGGUCCUUAUACCAAGUGGAUGCUGCUCCUGCGUUCCUUACACUACAGAGUACAAGGUUGGCAGUUAAAUUUCUUUAAAUAGUGUUUGGAGCUUUUUGUUUUGUUACCGCUUUUGUUUGUUUGUUUUUUGUCGUGAACUUUUUGUGAAAAUGGCUUAUUAUCACAAGUAAAUAACAAGUUGAAUGUAGGGGUAUCAACGUAUCUGCUAUAUGUGUGCGUGUUAUCAAUGAAUAUUGCGUAGGCUCUUUACCUUAGUCGUUACAAAUCUAAUAUGACAGCUGUUUUUGUGAAUUUCUCUUUUCAGGAUUCAUAUGCGUGUAAUUUUCUUGGUCUUGCUCCAGCGGUUGAGAUUCCAUCUCAUAUUCUUUCGUCUGACCUCUUUGUUCUUGUUGAUAUUGUUUCACCACAAGGACAAGUAAGUAUAUUGCAAGCAUUUAUUUAACUUCAUUUAAGCUUGAUGGCGUUCUUUCGGUACUGUGGCUACAGUCUUUAAAGAAACUUAGUAUAGCAAAUAAAGACCGAGGGUUUUCUUCUGGAUGGAAGGUUAUUACAGUAACAGUUAGAGAACUAAGCUACUCACAGUUUCUGUGUAAAAUUUAAACUUUUAGUAGGAACUUUACAUGUAAAGGGGAUGAAUACAGGUGGGAGUUGUAGCCAACAUUUGUUUUUAAGCGGUAGUAUAGAGACGUUACUAGUAAUCAUCUGCUGUUUUUUUUCCUCUUUUUCUUUCCUCUUAUUUUUUCCUGUCAGCCCGAUGCUUCUGUCGAAGCUAUGAAUCAACAAGAACAAAGGUAUGGAGGAGUUCUCGUUAUCUGUCACCUACUAAGAACAUGACUUUUUCAAGCUCUUUUUAAUGCUUGGGCUGAGAACAUCUCCGAAAAUUCACCGUUCAUCGGCCUUUAAGAGCUCUCUUGCUAUUGUUUUUAGGGAUAGGGACAGCGUUUGGAUCUCCCGGCCAUCUAUUAUUUCGUGAGCUGAUUAAGAACCUCGUUCUGAAAGCACCGUGGUGUAAUUUUUUACCAGUUUGUUUCAAAAUCUGCUAUGCGCUACAACUAAGCAGAGUCACGUGAUUGAUUUCUCUGUUUUCUCUGCCCAAUGAUUUUGUCACAAGUGCGAACUGAAACUGAAUUAGUCUAAGGCACGGGUCUAUAUCAUUCUUCGGAGACUGUGCAAUGUAGUGAGUGAUUGGAAUCCAUGUAAUGUAUGUGAAUUAAUCUUUAAGAUAUCCUGCUCAAGUACAGUUAAAGCUCUCGCAAGCGAUUACAGCUGUACCUCGGAAAGUCGAAAAAGUGGUCGGAACUAGAGCUGGUCGCUUACGUGAAUGAGCUCUCGUAAGCGACCGCAUGGUAAAACAUAAGAGGGCGGUGGCUUACGAGAGCCUCAGAAACUCAUUAAGAAUUAAAAAAAAAAUGAAAAUGAGUGUCAUUAUAUCUGAUGUAGAAAUAGCUAAACUUUAUAUCCAAUUUUUUAGAAGAAAAUAGCCCCAAACCUAAAUAUUAGUGCAAGAAUGAGUUGAGUGGUCGCUUACGAGAGCUUUAAAACAAAGUAAAAGUCCAGUUGGGUAAUCCCAAAAGUUUACACGUAAGUCAAAGUUUAAACGGGGUUUCACAAAGGUGGUCGCAAAGAGAGCUUCGUUUGUAUUCUUAACAGUCUAUGUUGGUGUAUAAUCGAUCUUGAUAGAUUGGAUAAGUUUAACUAUAGGCGAUUGUAAGAUAAUAUAAUUUCUUGUUUGUUAUUGUUAAAAGGGGUGAAAUGGAUGAAUUUCAAGGUUACGGAUUUGUUGUUUGUGGAAAGGAGAAUACCAUGGGUAAGUUGGGUUUUAUUUGAACGUAUAUUCUAUUAGCAAUCAUUGUCUUAGAGAUAAAGAAUAUUCCAGAUUGGCUUUUUAACGUGAUACAUGUCAUUCUUUGCAUAACGUUUUGUUUCGUAGCAAAAGAUAGUCAAUAAGCGAACUGAUCUGGGUCAUGUUAGUAAUUUGUUGUCCCUCUUCCCUCCUUCAGAUCCUUCCAUUCUGCAGAAAGUAGAGGAAGCUCUUGAAAAUGAAAACCUGUCCGAUGCAGUGUUUGAUCAGCUGUUGAUUUGUCUUAAGGAGGAGUGGAUGGAGUAAGAUAUUAAUGACACUACAGUGUAGCAUGUUUGAACACAAUUGCUAGGAUAGCUGUGACACAGAGGCCAGUAGUGUUAAAAGAUAUCAGUGUGACUACUUCUGGUCAGCUGUUGAAGAAUAGAAAAAGUCAAGAGUCUAUGUGAAAAACAUAAGACUCUCAAUAGUCAUAGUCCAGGCUCUCAGUCAGUGGUGAUGGACAGAGAAAUGUGAGUGCAUUAAAGAUCCUGCUACAACAAAAAAAAGACUAGCUCCUGCCUAGAAUCCUGGUACAAGUUGGAAACCUACUGAUGGAGACGUGGGUAGGGGGGGGGGGAAGGGGGUGAGAGUUAGUGGUCGGCCUGGGUCGGGUGCUUUCUUAUAAGCUUCACGCUAAGCCAGGCAUGUGAAUGUUUAUUCAGUGAAGGUUUAUAUGAUUUUCUUUAGCUCUUUAUUUUACCGUUUACUUAGAAUUACGAGUUCAGAGGCAUCGAUUCUAAAAAGAAAAUUUUCCGAAUUAAGAAUUAUUUCUCAUGUUUAACAGCAGGGAGUAUUUACCUCACCUUUCUAACUUUGUACCUUAUUUUUGUUUACAGUAAAGUGAAAGUCAUUUUCAAGUUUGCGCGACGAUCAGGACAAAGUACGCGCGAGGAAAAAGAAAAGUAAGCCUUAUCUUCCUGUAAACACCUAAUGUACUGAGAUUCCAUUCUUCGUUUGCUACCUGAUAGCCUGCAUAGCAAGCGUUUCCGUGCGGUUUAGGAGCAAAGAACGAGGAACGAGAGUCAAAGGCCGCGCGAAAAAUGAGUUUUUGGCUCUCGUUUCAUUUCUCGCGCGGUCAAAACCGAAAAUCCCGUUCCUCGGUCUUUUUUUGUUCCGAAAUUAAACGGAAACGCUUGCUACGCAGGCUAGCUACCUGAACGUUUUUUUGACGGGCGGUGAAUAUGGUGAUCGGUAGGUUGGAUAACAUUAAGUCGCAAAACGCAAGUUUCAAAGGCAGAGACGGUAACUAAACUCAGGAAAUAAUGAGGGCUCUCUAUAAUGUGCAAAAACCUAUCGAUAAAAGGACAAUAUCUGGCCUAAAAUAAGCCCAUAUCCGACGAUAUCUUCACCUUCUUCGGAUUUGACGUCCUGACAAAGUAGUGUUUCUCAGUUAAACGUCCCCAGCGUUUAAUUCAAACUUGGCUUUGUGGACCAGUGUCUGUUUGAAUUUGCAGUUUUUAUGGCUUUUUCUUGACAGCCGUGUAUCUUGCCUUUAUACUGUUAGUUUACUGUACCAUAAAUAACGUCUCGAGGGAUGUAUCUACAACUUCCCCUCCAAGACCUGGCGUUUAUUCGGGGCCCGGCGUUAAAUCGAGAAAAUACGGUAAUACCAAACGCUAUCAUUGUGCAGACGCAAAAUACUGCGUCCUUGAUUGAGUCCGACCACAUAUUUUUUUGUUUUUGUUUUGUAAAACCAAAACAGCGAGCAAGCCUUUUUUUACUUUUUAUUGAAGUUUAGUAUCCAAGGUAUCCUUGACUUUUAGCUUUGCAUGACCUCUUGAAGAAAUUUGUUAGGCUAGUAAGUUCAAAUAUCUAUUCAAUUUUUCUUAAAGCAAAUGAUGCUGACAGUUUCGAUGAAUGACAGCCAUCUUUAUCAAAACUAAAAACGUCACAGGUGCCAGUAACCCUAAAUAGGCUUCUGAAGGUGUUUUAAAUUUACGACGAACACGCGCGCCACGAGUCACUGUGUCAAGCCCACCGGACCCCUCCCGCUGGUUGGGGGUGGAAAUCACUUGGCUCCAUAUAAGAGAUAACUGGUAUACUCCCUCAUCCCUGUCCAUGGUAGGAAUGUUCGUUCUAAUAUGCAUACUUUCCUCGAUCCAUCUUUUGAACUUGACGUUUUUAGGUUUGAUAAAAAUGGCUAUCAGUCAUCGAAACUGUCAGCAUCCUUAGGAGUUUUCUUUCGAGCUACAACGAUGUAUCCUUUAAGAACAUUUGUGUAUGAUAACGAGAAAUGACUUAAAUCAAUUACCUGCUACUUUGAUAUUAUGAGCGGAGGAUAACACUAUUUUAAGCAGCAUAACUAGUAUUCACUACCUGAAAGUAACGUUUGUAUUUAGCCUAAUUUCACGGCGUUGACUUGUGUAUCGCAAUUUGUGUCUGUAUUUUGUUUUUAUUAACUUUUUUACUCCUUUCUACACAGACUCCUUCAAAUUCUCGGCGCAAAACCAGAAGAUGAGAUAGUUCUCAAGUUUUGGAUGAAAGCACUUAAUAAACAGUAUCGAUCCCAUCUGCUGACAUGCAGUAGCACAGGCUCAAAUACGUGAUCUUGAGGCUUGAUUUCCACUGUCGCGU